AUGUCUUAUCACUCGAUUCUCGUGCAACUCAAUGCCAUCAAGUCGCGCGUCUUGCAGUCAGCUGCGGCUCUCGCGAAGACAAAAUCGCCUCGGGCUUCAUUCAGCGACAAUUUGGCGGGAUUGGAAGACCGCAUAGAGAAGGCAUGGGCGCGCUUUUCUCCUGCAUCAACCUCCGAGGAACGGUCUGCCACUCUAGAGACUGUCUUGGGACUUGGCGGCGAAAAGCGGGAACUAGAGCUCAAUUAUCAGGCAACCGUGAAGGAGCAGGAAGCUACUUAUGAAAGGCAUCUGGAGGACCAUCUGAAGAAACUCUCUGAAGACCUGCUGGCACUCAUUAGCCCGUCCAUUGCGGGUAGCUCAUCGUGGCGCCAUCGAACUCAAGAGUUGUCUCGAGCCACCUCUGCUUGUCCACUCGAGUUAGUUGAUGAUGUUCCGGGGCCACAGGAGCCACACGAAAGCUUGCAGCAGAUACCUUCAAGCUACGAACCUCAGGAAAUCUUUGCAACACAAGAUGCAAGUCAGACGAACCGGCGCGACGAACUGACACCGUUGAUGUUUGACAAGAACGACUCUGCAGAAAAUAUUCUCGAGUCUACAGAAAAGCUAUCGCAUGCCGGCACCAUCAUUGUUGCAGCACCAUACGACCUGGAAUCAGACCAUACACCUCCUUUGGAUCGGACAUUGGAAGACCGAGAAUCCAGUCUACAAGACUCCAGCUCAGUUGCCGAAGAAGCCAGCAAGGGAAGCGACCAUAAGUUUUAG